AUGCACAAUCUAACGCUCUUCCACGAUAUGAGACUGGGCAUGAGGGCAAAGGUGGCUGCCAGCAGCCUACUCUACCAAAAGCUGCUCAAAUUAAGUCAGUCCUCAAUGGCCAGCACCUCCUCCGCUCAGCUGAUCAACUUUCUUUCCACCGACCUUGGCCGCCUGGAUGACUUCUGCUGCAUUGCGCCUCAUCUGGUGAUCGCUCCGCUGCAAACCAUCGCCAUACUGACCAUUCUCUGGUCGUACCUCGGAACGGCUGCAACGCUGGUCGGUUUCAGCCUGCUUUUAGCCUUGAUUCCGCUGCAGUCAUUCACUGGGAAACUUUCCGGGCAGUUUAGAGCGAAAACAGCCACUCAAACUGACACUCGGCUGAAGCUGACCACUGAAAUUAUUGCCUCAAUGCGCAGUGUAAAGGCAUUCAAUUGGGAAGGGCCGCUAGGAAAGCGCAUCUUUGACGCAAGAUCAAAUGAAAUCAAGGCUCUAUCAAAUGGGACUUUUCUAAAGGCUAUCAACAUUUCCAUCUUCUUCACCGCUUACCGAGUGGUCUGUUUUGCCUGUUUGGUGGUGUAUGUUUUACACGGAGAACAGUCCACCCUGUUGACACCAGAAGUGAUCUUUGUGUCACUGGCUCUCUUGAAUCGUCUUCGUCUGACGACCACCAAUUGUUUACCAUCGGCCAUUGCCAUGACCGCCGAGUUGUUGGUCACUUGUAGGCGAAUUCAGGCCUUUUUACUGCUUGAUGAAGUCGAAAAGGAGAAAGCCACUGAAAAUCAACUUGCUCAAAGUGAAAAGUUUAAAGUUAAAGCUGAGCACGUCACUGCAAAAUGGAGUCAAACUAAAUCAACAGUUCUAAACAAUGUUUCUUUUUCUUUAAAAAGGGGUGAGCUGCUAGCAGUGAUUGGGCCGGUUGGCUCUGGAAAGUCGUCUCUUCUUUUUGGUCUUCUUGGAGAGCUCCCGUUGAUAAGCGGGAGUUUGAAAAUGGCCAAAAAUACAUUGUCCUAUGCCAGUCAAGAGGCGUUCAUUGUUUUUGAUUCAGUGCGCAAUAAUAUCCUUUUUGGAGAAACAUAUCAGGCGGAACGCUAUCAAACAGUCAUUAUGGCGUGCGCUUUGCAGCGAGACAUUGAAGAGUUACCGGAGGGCGAUCAAACAAUGGUUGGCAUUGGGGAAAACCAAAGUAGUAAGGGAACAGUAGUCCAACUCUCGGGUGGUCAACGGGCUCGUGUGGCCCUUGCUAGGGCUGUUUACCGACAAGCAGAUGUUUACCUGCUCGAUGAUUCUCUGUCGGCAGUAGAUGCGCCUGUGGCACAACACAUUUUUCAAAAAUGCAUUUUAGAGUUACUCAACGGAAAAACCACUAUUUUGGUGACGCAUCAACUACAGUUUCUUGAGCAAACAAACAAAAUUCUAUUUUUAGAUGACAAAAAUCCAGAUAUACCAGCGUUUGUGGGCAGCUACAAUGAACUUCAAAGAAGUGGCAAACUUAAAGAUGUACUACAAACCAUAGGAAAAAAUAGCAACAAUAAAACAGAAAAAGAAACAUCAAAGAGAAGUCCUAUCUACUCGCAUCUGUCCACUACGCUAAAUGGUUUGACCAGUAUUCGUGCUUUUAGAAAAGAAAACCGGUGGUCAGAGCAAUUCACCUCGUAUCUAAAUGAUCACAGCGCUCUCUGGUUCUUCUACUUGGCCAGCAGCCGAGCAAUGGCCCUUUUUGUUGACUGGGCUGUGAUUCUUUACGUUGUUGCAAUAACCACUACUGUAAUGACUAGCGAAGUUAUAACUGGAAGUGAAGCCGGCCUGGCCAUCACCUCUGGUCUGACGUUGACGGGCAUGAUUCAGUGGCUGAUUAAGAACUUUGCCGACCUUGAAGGGCAAAUGAACUCAGUGGAACGGGUUGUUGUGUAUCAAGUUUUAGAGCAAGAGCAGGAAAAAUCUUCAAUUCAAAAAAUAGUUCUUGAAAAAGAAUGGCCAUCAGAAGGCAGCAUCAAGGUGGAAAACUUAAAACUGUUUUACAACAACAAUCCUGUUCUAAGGAACAUCAACUUUAGUAUUUACGGCGGCGAAAAAGUGGGCAUCGUUGGACGAACUUCUGCGGGUAAAAGUUCUCUAGUCGGGGCACUUCUUCAGUUGUACACACCUGAAAAGGGAAGUGUCAUCUCUAUUGAUGGCGUAGAUACAACCAAAAUAGACUUAAAUUUACUUCGAAAGAGCAUCUCUAUCAUUGACCAGCGUCCAGUGCUCUUCAGCGGCAGUGUCCGCUUUAACCUUGACCCGUUUGGCGUUCAUUCAGAAGACCGCAUUUGGGCGGCUCUUAAAAGCGUGGAAUUAGCAAAAAAGAUACAAUCUUUCAAUUUUAAAGAAAAACUAGAUCAAGAAGUCAGUUUAACUUUUUUUAGUGCCGGAGAGCUGCAACUGCUACAACUAGCCCGGGCAAUUCUUGAACAAAAUAAGAUUUUGCUGCUUGACGAGGCCACUUCCAACGUUGACAUGCAAACCGAUGCUCUAGUACAGAAAACAAUUAGAAAGCAUUUUUUCAACUGUACAGUGCUCACAGUGGCCCAUCGACUCAGUACAAUUAUUGACUGUGAUAGAGUAAUGGUUUUGGAAGCAGGACAAAUUGUAGAGUUUGAUGCACCGUCAACCUUGUUAAAAAGAGGGGGACUUUUUGCCAAAAUGUGCCAAAAAACAGGAGAAAACAUGUACGAACAUUUGCGUAAACAAGCAGAAAUUUGA